AUGCUGAGGUUCCACACAGCCAAAGUUUCUUCACCUUCUUUGUUAGCUGGAAGAUAUUUUUCUACGACCUUUCUUUGCCGUAAUUCAGAGUCACCCAAGCAGCAUAUUCUCCAAUAUUUACGCGAGCCCGGCGAUGAUCCUGACCGCUACCUUGACGAGAAUGGAACCUUUGGCGGCCGCAUAAUUCGACCUCAGGAUGAGCGUUUAUAUUCACAUACAAAUGUCCUCGAGCUUAUAGACCGUCCUGAACCAGCUUUGGAUCUUAUACCAACUCUUAAACGUCGUCAAGCCAUUUCCGAACCGGGGCUCUUUGCUUCUCAAGCUGACGCAGACCGUGCAGUCGCUGUUCUUGACCGUGUUAACGAGCUAGGCGCUUUGCCGACAUGGCAUCAAGUCACUGCCAAAGAGUACUACAAUGACUUCGAUGACGCUCAGUACGAUUUUGAAACACAGUUGACUAAAAUUCAGGAACUCAAAAGCGGUGAUAGCGUUGUUGUAAUUGGCGCAGGUAUCUCAGGUCUUUCACUGGCAUGGUUUUUGGGUCAUGCCAGACCAGAUCUUGACAUCACUCUCCUUGAAAAAAACGAAAAAGUUGGUGGCUGGAUGCGUACCGAAAAAAUUACGCUUCCGCCAUCUCAAAAUAAGGACCCAUUAGAUGACGAAGAGCCAAUGGAACGCACUGAAUACAAUGAAUGGGGUCCUAGAACACUACAGGGUGGCCAUUUAGGUUCAGCCCUUGUUCGUAUCAUGCUCACAAAACUUGGAAUUGUUGACGAUGUGCUCAAGGUUGUGCCUAAAACUUCUGCUGCUAAUCGCAAAGGUUUAUUGCAUAAGGGCUCUCCAUUCCAGCUACCUUCCUCAACUGGCGAGCUUUUUGCUUUUUUAUCACACCCAUCCAUUACACGUGGUAUUAAGCUUGCACCUUUUCGCGAUUUGAUUGCGCCUUCUCGUGACCCUAGCGUUCGUGACGAGUCGGUUGACUCUUAUGUGACCCGCCGUUUUGGUGCUAAAGCUGCCGAACGUUUUGUUUCUGCCAUUAUGCGCGGUAUUUAUGCUGGUGAUUCCGGCAAACUUUCUGCUCGCUCAGUUGCACGAUUAGGCAAAAUGUACCCUACUGAAGUUGAUAAUCCUAGUAUGUUGUCAAGUAUGAUUUCUGGCUCAGGUCGUCGCAGUGAAAUGUAUUCUGCUCAUGCCCAAACACUUCUUGCUCAUGCAAUGGUUGAUUUGCCCUUUGAAGAAGUCCUUAAGGAAAUGUCUAAAUACUCUGUCGGUGUAUUCAAAGAUGGGAUUCAGUCAUUGGCGGAACUACUAGAGAAAGAUCUUGCAGAAAAUUUUAAAAAUGUGCAUAUUCUUAAACGAAACACUGUCCUGGGGCUUAAAAAAGAUCCUGAAUCAUCAACAAUUACUGUUAAAUCAAAAGAAGAUACAAUUGGUCUUGAAAAGGAAAUUAAGGCUAACUGGGUUGUUUCAACAAUUCCAGGUUAUCAUGUCUCCAAUAUUCUUAAGUCUACAGACCUCGAACUCUCUGAACAAAUUGACAAGUCUUUGACAUAUUCUAGUGUUGGCGUUGUCAAUGUCACAAUUCCUAAUAAGUUUAUUGGCAGAAACUGGUUUGGAUAUCUUGUUCCUAAAGAAGAGGAUGCUCUUGGAAAUAAUCCUCAUGGUCUUCUUGGUGUCAUUUUUAAUACAGCAGUACGAACAGCUGCUCGUGAUAUUAACAGAAUACCCCUCCCUCACCCCUUUGAAGCUAUGACUAUCCAGAAAAAGGAUUCCCCUCAGGGUGAAUCUUUCCUUGAUAAUUACGAUCCCCACCGCUACGAAGACGAACACUUACGCAAGGUGUUAUUUACUGAUGCGCCUGAGUUUGACAAAAAUCAAAACCCAGUAGUUAAAGAGCCACCUUUACCUGACCACAGCAACAUCACUCUUAUGUUUGGUGGACACCUAUGGUCAGAUCUCUCACCAGACCAAAUUCCUACUGCUGAAGAUCUUAUCGAAUUUACUAAAGACGUUUUCAAAGCUCACCUUGAUGUAGAUCUUGAUGCGGAACAAGAUGUCGAUUUCAAGGUUAAAAUUCAAGAAAAAUGCAUUCCUCAAUACACUGUGGGUCAUCGUGAACGCAUGCAAACAAUUAAAGAUGCAGUUUCUCAAAAGUAUGAUAAUAGGCUGACGCUUACGGGUAUGUCGUUUGGUAGAGGUGUAGGAAUCGGUGAUAAUGUUCUCGAUUCUUUCUGGUUGGCUGCUAGACAAACCGAAGAACGUAAAUUGCUCUACCCUGCUUUCUAUCUCAACCAGUGGCUUUCCUUGAGUUAUCCAUCGCUGCUCAAAUAA